AUGGCCAUCUCACUGUCUGAAAUCCCGACCGCCUCCUUGCUCUAUCAGACAAAGAGACUGGUCCCGACUGCUACAUCCACUGUACCGCAGCAGACCCUCAACAACAUCGUCUCGCUGAUCCGCAACGACAUCACCAAGCUCCAGGUUGACUGCAUCGUCAAUGCCGCCAACACCUCUCUGCUCGGUGGCGGCGGCGUGGAUGGUGCCAUCCACCGUGCUGCUGGGACAAAGCUGGUCAAGGAGUGUGCCACUCUGAAAGGGUGUGAUACCGGCGAUGCCAAGAUCACGGAUGCCUACGAUCUCCCCUGCAAACGGGUCAUCCACACCGUCGGGCCUGUCUACCAGCGUGAGAAAAAGGUCGAUGCCUCGCGGCCCGAGUCUCUGCUACGCAGUUGCUACCGUCGCAGUCUCGAGGUGGCGGUCGAGAAUGACAUGAAGAGUAUUGCCUUUGCAGCCAUCAGCACGGGCGUCUAUGGAUACCCGAGCGACAAGGCCGCGCAGGCAGCUGCCGACGAGGUGCGCCGGUUCCUUGAGAAGCCAGGUAACAUGGGCAAGCUGGAGCGCGUGGUGUUCUGCAACUUCGAGCGCAAGGAUGAGGAUGCCUACGAGGAAGUGAUCCCUGAGUCCGCAGCUUCGCCCUCACCCUCGGAUCUCGCCGCCCGGCUCCCAGACGUGCCGACUGCGGACCCCGCUUCUUUCGGCCAGCCAGAUGCUAAGAAGCCGAAGAUUGAUGCAGGUACCACCAAGCUUGAAGAUGACUGGGAGGAGGUUCAGCGGUCAGAGGGUGAGCCAGUGGAGAUGCUGGACGACGAGCCUGUGGAGAUCGACAAGGCGCCUUCUGCGGGCGACGUGCAGAGCGUCCAGUCUAGCGGGAUCCUCGACGGGAGUGAGACGGAGAAUCGCCUGGGAAAGGACUGGUGA